AUGACCACCAUCAGCUCCCCGGAGGCUGUGGCCGAUCCGGCCGGCUCGUCCGCCGCGACCCCUUAUGGCACGCGAUCUAGAGGUCGUAACGCUCCUCGGCCCAAUUAUGCUGAGGACCGUGAUGUGGAUGCGGAAUUUGAGGCUGCUCCCGCAAAGGGUGCCAAGCGGAAUAGCGGCGUGGCCCUCACCAACAUCGUUAACGGCUCCAAGUCUGACAGCGAGAAGUCCUCACCCACGCUACCGCGAAAGAGUCUGACCAAUGGGACCGUGUCCAAUGCACUGCCAAAGGAAUCCAUUCCUGGCACCUCAUCAUUUUCGGCUCGCCCAGACGAUGCCAAUGGGGCAGGCUCCCUACGGAAACGCAAGGCUACAGUCAGCACCCCGGCCAGCACCAACGCUGCAAAGAAGAUCUUCACUGCCGCACCGGGAGAUUCCGACGGCGGCUAUUUCUCCAACAUGCUUAGCUUCGAGGCCUCAGAACCAAUCCUCAAGGAUGGCCAUAUCACUGCUGAUGAUGGCACCACAUUGGGAAUAAAUGAUCAUGUUUACUUAAUUUGUGAACCUCCAGGCGAGCCAUAUUACCUGGCUCGAAUUAUGGAAUUCCUGCCGUCAAAAACCAAAGAUUCUGGAGUGAUUGAGUCAUUACGAGUUAAUUGGUAUUAUCGUCCUCGCGAUAUCCAGCGCCAUAGUACCGACUCCCGACUUGUUUUUGCAUCUAUGCACUCGGAUACGUGUCCGCUCUCUUCACUACGGGGAAAAUGUUCUAUUCGCCAUGUUUCUGAAAUUCAGAACAUCAACGACUACAAAAAGGAUCGGAAUAAUUUCUGGUACGAUAAAAUGUUUGAUCGAUACAUCCAUCGUCUGUAUGAUGUCAUUCCGACCAAAGAUGUGAUUAAUGUUCCUGGAAACGUGAAAAGAGUCCUCCACGAUCGUUGGAGGUUUAUCCUGGUCGAAGUGGGCAAAGGCAAAGAAUUGACCGGUGCUGUCAAGACCUGCAAGCGAUGUCACCUAUUCGCCUCCGGCUCUGAAUCUGUCGAUUGUGCCGUUUGCCGUUCAACAUAUCACAUGUCUUGCGUUCGCCCGGCUCUGACAAAGAAACCAGCUCGAGGAUUUGCUUGGGCUUGUGCCCCAUGCAGUCGGGCCCAGGAGCGCAAGCUGGAAGCGCGCAACACUCCUCACGUGAGCGAGAACCGCGGCGAUGGCGAAGAUGAAGUCAUGGAAGAGGAAGAGGAGGAGCGUCACACGAAUGGAGCUGUCAACGGAACCUCUGUCAGCACGCCUGCUGCAGCCGAAGAGGAACCACAACCUGAAACAGCAGAACAAAUGGCCCAGGCGAGGAUGUGGCCUUAUCGCUACCUGGGUAUGCAUUGUCGCGUGGAGGACGCUCUCGACUACGAUGAUCGAAUCUAUCCCCGUGCAAGCUCUCGACUCGGACCCAAGCACCAGGCUAUCGUCAAUCCCUGGCCCGGUCGCCCGGUGGAAUAUGUGAAACCAUUUGAGUUGAAAAGGAAAAAUAAAGCUACAGGUGUAAAGGCCGCAGGCCCUCUUUCCAAGGACGCGAAGGCUGCGCUGGAAGCUGCCAAGCAGGAGAAGGCGAAUCGACCAAAAUGGAUCCAGGAUGAGCCAUCGGGCUACAUUGCUCGCGGAAUGGACGAGCCAGUCACCAUCAACAAUGGAAAGCAAGCGCGCACUGCCGAACUCAUGUUCAAGAUGCCAACUUCAGACCAGAUCCCGGCUCGUGGCGAGGAGGAUGCACCAGGAUCGCAUCUGAGUGAUGCCGACCGCGAAGCAUUCAUCGACGACUACAUGCGCCAAGCGAAGGAAUUGGCACCGCACAUCAAGGUUGAAAAGUACAGCACAAACUUUCUGGACAAGGCUCUGCAAAUACUUUACUCCGAAAGCUUUAAUGUGCAAGCGGCCCUGGCCAAGCUAAAGAAGGUCAACCAGUACAAGGAUCUUAAAGAACCACAUUUCCGCCCGGAGGAACUGAAGCUCUUCGAGCAGGGAGUCGCGAAGUACGGUUCAGAAUGGCUUAGCAUCUACCGACAUGUCAAAACAGUUCCCCACUGGGCCAUUGUGCGGUUCUAUUACAUGUGGAAAAAGACACCCCGUGGAAAGCAAAUAUGGGGCAGCUACGAAGGCAGGCGCGGAAAGAAGGAGGUUCGGCGCCAGAGCGUCGCGGCGUCCAAAUUGCUCGAUGAUGUGGCCGACGAUCAUGACGAUUCUGCCUUCGACAGCGGAAAAGCAAAUGUCCUGAAGCGUGGGUUCCAAUGCAAAUUCUGUUCAACAAAUAAUUCCCGGCAAUGGCGGCGGGCCCCUCUUGUCCCGCCCGGAACUGUCGUCCCUGCCGAUCCUUCAGCAAAGAAGGACAAAGGCGCAAUGCUUACUGUCGCUUUAUGUAUUCGCUGUGCUCUACUAUGGCGCAAAUAUGCUCUGCACUACGAAGAUGUGGAUGAACUUGGCAAGCGCAUUGCAGCCAGCGGCAACAAAUCCUGGCGCCGCCGUAUCGACGAGGAACUGUUUGCGCAAUUGCUCAUGGGCGCCGAGACCCCAAUGGUCGUCAACAGUACUACAGCGACCACUGCUGCCUCUAUGGGAAUAUCACUGGAAAGCAAUCCGCAACUACAGCUUGAGAGCAAAAUCGACGCAUCGAAGAAGAAAGCACGUACCGACAACCCGAGUACUGCAACCUCGACCUCGACGUCUGUCGAGCCGAUGCCAAAAAAGAAGAUGGGACCUGAGAAGGGCGUUGAUGCACCUCCUGUUGUUCCAGACCCACCCAAAGCAAAGACCCUUUCAUGUGCCGUUUGCAAUUCAGUUGAACCAACCGGUGAUGACCAUAUCUCUUGCCGGGAUUGCCGCUUGACGGUCCACCGCAAUUGCUAUGGAGUACAGAACUCCCGGCCUGGUAACAAAUGGCUCUGCGAUAUGUGCUCGAACGACCGCAGCCCUUCCAUUUCAACGACCUAUGAGUGUGUUCUCUGCCCUGUGACUUACACCGAGCAUGAUUUGAUGGAGACUACAAAGAACAACAGCCGAAAGAAGUCGGAUCGAGACAAGGAGAAGGAGCGCCUAGAGAAGGAAAUGGUUAGUGAGGCGAUCAAGCUCUACCGCCAGCGACAAGAAGCCGUCGGCAAGCCUGUUGGUCCUCGAGAACCAUUAAAGCGUACCGCAGGCAACAAUUGGGCUCAUGUCAUGUGCUCCCUAUGGACUCCCGAGGUCAAAUACGGCAAUGCUAAAGAACUGGAGCCGGCGGAAGGGUUUGGGUCAAUUCCCAAGGACCGUUGGCGAGAGGUUUGCAAGAUUUGCAAGCAAUCAAAGGGUGCCUGUGUUCCUUGCAACUCCACGGGAUGCAACGCGCACUUCCACAUCGGUUGUGCUUUCCAGGCACAAUACCGUUUUGGUAUUGAUGUUACGCCCGUGAAGAACUCGCGACGCGACAGCGUGCAAACCAUCCGUCUGGGUGACGAAGUCGGAGCAGCUACACCCGUAAUCUACUGUCCUAACCAUGGCGUUCCCUCAGUUGUUCACGACAUUGGGGAGCUAACUGGCCAGGAUGGUUUGAAUGCUUUGCAACUCUUUGCCCAAACAUACAAGCAAGCCGAUCUCACCUUGACCGGCACUUCUCGAAAGGCAGCCUAUGUGCAGCAAUCGGUCAUUGCACCAUCACACCAUGCUGCUGGCAUGGGACAUCGUCGUGUCUCAACAACAGCAAGCAGUGGCCUGGUAGCUCCCAAAGAGCCUCCCAAACCCCAACCAACCCCGAGCGAAGACGCAACAGACGAGAUGGACAUUGACACGGAGGAGAAUCCCGCGCCGCGUCCAAUUCCUUUCCAUACGACAACUCCGAAUCAGAAGUGUGUUCGAUGUUCUGCCGAUUUCAGCCCCCGAUGGUGGCCUUGUGGGCGACGCAAGGAUACUCGGGCACCUUUGGCGAAUGGAGUCGGUCGAGGCUCCCUGCACCUCUCACAGAGUCUCUUUGCGCAACCCAAUGGCGAUGCUGGGGAGCAGCUCUACGAAUGCCACAAAUGCCACCUGAAGAACCCCCAUCCCAUCGAGGCGCCAGCUCCAGCUCCAGCUGUGGCCCCAGCUCCAGCUCCGACUAUGCCUUCCGUCCCAGUAUCCGCGUCGGUAACCCCGUCGGCGCCCGAUCCACGACCGUCGCCCUAUGCAGGCCAACGCCCGAUGCUACCAACCAUGCGUGGCCCUACAUUCGUUCCGCAUACUCAUCCUGCUCCUGCUCCUGGUCCCCCUCCGGGCGCCGGUAUCCUUGGACGCCCCAUUCCUCCUCCCCAUUCACAUAGCUCACCAAUGCCAUUUGCUGGUAGCUUCGAACAGCGACCCGCGGGCGAAGGUGCUCUGCGUAACGGCAUGUCGCCACCUGCCUAUCAUGCAGGUCCUCCGCCACCUCCCCCGCCCUUUGGGGGCUUAUCAACCAGGUCAUCCUCCUGUGCCUCCCCCUGCACACUAUGGAAACACAGGGCCACCUCCACCGCCGCCUUCCCAGCCAUAUGGGCCGCACACUAG